CUGUGUAAAGCCAGCCAAUGGCAACGGAAGCCUUGCAUGACAAUGGUGAGAGACAGGUAUUGCAGAAGAAACCAUCCUGCCACACCAGAAGGUAUAAAAGACACCUGAGUAAUUGCCCCCUUGCCAGUGAUGUAGACGGUGUCAUUUGGGGAGACACCAGGACAAGCUGAUCGCGACUGAUCUGGGAGGCUUAUCGCCAGGGAAAGAUCCCAGCAAGGAAAGUUCAGGCCAUAAAAAAGGAGCAGGAGGCCACUUCAAAACCAAAUCAAAAGAGAAGUUAUAUCCAGCUGAUCUCCAGGAUAGAAAGAGGCGCUGAAACAUGUUUUUCUGUUGCUAAGGUUUAACAGCCCCUGACAGGCUCUUGUACGGCUGCCGCUGCUGCCACCACCACCACCACCACCGAGCAGGCGCGAUAGCCUACCCUAGAGAGAUCCCUUGUGGAUUUUAUGGAGACGGCAACACUCCUCUCUUCUCAGUUUAGGAGAAGCACCGGCUGGGAUUCCGUCAUGGCCUGCUUCUCCCAAAUCUGGCACACUGAGGUGCCGGACUCCCCUCCUGCAAGUCCUAUCAGCCCCGUCCCGGCUGCCCCCCAUGAGAUCCCCAUCCCUCUCAGCCCCAUCGUGAUCACCUCCCCAUCAUCAGAAGGCAGGCCCAGGGUGUGCUCCCCUGUGUGCUCCCCUGUGUGUUCCCCUGUGUGUUCCCCUGUGGACGGCAAGACAAGGCUUGGUUCCCCCACCUCCCCCAGGCCCGGGUCCCCCAUUGAGUGCUCCAUCUGCUUCAACACUUACGACAACCUCUUCAAGACCCCCAAGGUCCUCCCCUGCCAGCACACCUUCUGCUUGGAGUGCCUGGCCCGCCUGACUGCCACCCUCCCCCCCAACCGGGCUGAGGAUCAGCUCCCAUGCCCGUUCUGCAGGCAGCUCACGGACAUCCCACUGGAAGGGCCGCCGGGUCUCCAGACAAGCAAGGAGCUCUUGUCCACCUUGCCUCCCGAGUUCCAGCGAGAGAAGGUAAUCUGGAUGGAAGGCACGAAGCUCUGCUGCAGGCAGUAUUCUGACCCAGAACGGGCCGACGCCUGCAUCAGCAUCGAUGUUGCCCCGAGCAAACCGGAAAUCCCCGAGACGCCCACUGAAGGCUUCAUGGGAAGACUCUCCCGGUGCGCCAUGUGCGAUGACUGGAAACGCAUCGUCCUGCUGUCAGCACUGAUCAUCAUUCUCUUCUGUAUCAUCCUGUGGCCCGUUCAAUGCGCCCUGAAGACGGGCAGCCUUCGCUGUUUCCCCAGGACUUUCACGAUGACCAAGCCGCACUUUGUGCCUGAUCCAACCACUCCAGCUCCGACAGUGGACGCCACUGACCUCAUAGAGUGAUCCCAGACUAUCUCCGCCGUGGGGAUCCACAAAGACCUGUUACCCGGAACAAUUCUCCCCCAACCCCCCAAAGGAGCUGGAAGCUGAGGACUAACAAUAUAUUUAAAGAUUUAUGCAAUGCUGCCCCCUCGGCUUGUUACAUGGGAACGGACCAUAAGAAAAGUUUUUUCCCCCAGAGGCUGACUCCCAUCAACAGCUUAUGCGUAGUUUUAUCCUGGAGAUGGAGGGGAGAAGGAAAAGGACGUAUUUAAUUUUAUAUGUGUUAUUAAACAUUUCAAUUUUA